AUGGUCUACACUAUCGUCGUCCACAUGAGGGCCAAGCCCGACCAGGAGAGCAUCUCCAAGCUAUCCGCCAAGCUCCAGGAAGCUUCCGCCGUCUACUCUAAGGACAAGGAGACCCUUUCCUGGCACGUCAUGCAGUCGGUCCACGACCCGCAGGACUUCUGUAUCGUUGAGCGCUACCUCAACGAAGGCUCCCAGACCUACCACUUGAACAACCCCUACUGGAAGACUUUCGAUCCCUACGUCAUUCCGUUGUUGGAGAAGCCUAUGGACCUUAGACGCUUUGAGGAGCUGGAAGAGAAGAAGGAGUGA